AUGUCACCUAAACUUUUUCAAGUUCGUCUCUAUAUUAUCCGACAUGCAGAAUCAGAAAUCAAAGCUGCUUCCACUCAUAUUUGCGGUCAGAAUAUUCCAUGCAAACGUUUAAAAUAUCAAAAUAUCAAAUUUGAUUCUAUUCUAUGUUCAACAGUUGUUCGUGCAGAACGAACAGCAGAAAUUGCAUUAAAAACUAUGAAUAUUGACAUAUCAAAAUUAAUCAUUUCAAGUGAACUUCUAGAAGAAUCUCAAGGUAGUUGGGAAGGUAUGAGUCGAGCGUUAGCUUUUACUCCAGAAGUAAUACAACAAUGGAAUGAAUUACAUUUUGAAUUCUGUCCUCCAAAUGGUGAAUCAAAACGAAUGGUACAAAAACGUGCUUUGGCUUAUCUAGAACCAAUUAUUGAACAAGCAAAAAAUAAAAAUAAUCCAAAAUAUGCAUGGCUUAUUAAACAAAAUAAUACAGCAAUUAAUGAAAUUCUAUUAAAUGAACAUGGAAUAUCUGUUGUUAAAGUAAAUGAUGAUAGUCAUUUGAGAUUUUUAAUUCCAGAAAUGCAAAAUGAAUCAUUAGACAAUCUAUGA